CUGGGGCCGAGACGCAUUGUUGUGCUAUGACGUAAGGAGUCGGAGACGGAAGAUGGCGGAGUUAGCGGCUGCGGGCGGCGGGCAGUGAGCGGCGCCCAGGUCAGCGCCAGCUCUCGCAACCCGACCGCGGGUAGUGCCAGGCAACUGUAUCUGGGCCGCACCGCGUCCAUGGCGAGAACCAGCAGUCAGAUGGCUUUGAAAUUUUGAGUCAAGGCUGAUAUAUCCUUGUUGCUUUUUGUAUGAUGUUCCCAUUCAGUCCAGUGUAGUCCUUUGCUCUUGCCCAUCUCCAUCCAUGGUAAGGAAUCAAUCAGACUCCAGCGUGCGACCAACGAUCUCUGGUGCCUCCAUGGACAGCAGUGCAGGCGACACUGGCCCAGUGAUGGGCUCUUUACCACAGCGAACAGGGCAACGGCAGCAACCUGUAGUGCAGACCCAGCGGCAGCAGUCAGCUAGUCAUGCUCAGCAACCACGGAAAAAGCGACCUGAAGAUUUCAAGUUUGGCAAGAUUCUUGGCGAGGGAUCAUUCUCAACAGUUGUGUUGGCCCGCGAACAGACAACUGGUAAAGAAUAUGCUAUUAAAAUUCUGGAAAAACGUCAUAUCAUUAAGGAGAACAAGGUACCGUAUGUGACCAGAGAGAGGGAUAUCAUGUCUCGGCUGGAUCACCCCUUCUUUGUAAAACUCUACUUCACGUUUCAGGAUGAGGAGAAGCUCUAUUUUGGUCUUAGUUAUGCUAAGAAUGGAGAGCUGCUUAAAUAUAUUCGUAAGCAAGGCUCAUUUGAUGAGAACUGCACAAGAUUUUAUUCUGCUGAGAUUGUUUCGGCGCUAGAGUACUUGCAUGAGAUUGGGAUUAUACAUAGGGACCUUAAACCAGAGAACAUCUUGCUGAGUGAAGAUAUGCACAUACGGAUUACUGAUUUCGGAACAGCAAAAGUAUUAUCUUCAGAUAAUACGCAAGCUCGAGCAAAUUCUUUCGUUGGAACAGCACAGUAUGUUUCGCCGGAGCUUUUAACCGAGAAAUCUGCUUGUAAAAGCUCUGAUCUCUGGGCUCUUGGCUGUAUCAUUUACCAAUUGGUAGCUGGAUUGCCACCUUUCAGGGCUGGGAAUGAGUAUCUCAUAUUCCAAAAAAUAAUUAAGUUGGAAUAUGAAUUCCCAGAAAAGUUUUUCCCAAAAGCGAAAGACUUAGUACAGAAGCUUCUGGUGUCUGAACACACCAAGCGCCUUGGCUGUGAAGAAAUGGGAGGUUAUGGACUCCUUAAAGCCCAUACGUUCUUUGAACCUAUUGCAUGGGAGAAUCUGCACCUUCAGACACCCCCCAAACUCACUGCAUAUCUCCCAGCAAUGUCUGAAGAUGAAGAAGAUUGCUAUGGCAAUUAUGAUGACCUCCUCAGUCAGUUUGUCUCCAUGCAAGUGGCUCCCUCCGGCUCACUGCACUCGCUGUCUUCCCCUGAGCCUAGCCCACCACAGAGGUUAUGUAGUAACAUCGAGCAGUAUGUCCAUGAUCUUAAUGACACUUCGUUUGAGUUGGACCUUCAGUUUACAGAUGAGGACAAGCGUCUCCUGCUUGAGAAACAAGCCAAUAGAAAUCCCUGGCAUCAGUUUGUAGAAAAUAAUUUAAUCCUGAAGAUGGGUCCAGUUGAUAAGAGAAAGGGCCUGUUUGCUCGACGUCGGCAGCUGUUGCUCACGGAAGGCCCCCAUCUCUACUAUGUGGAUCCUGUCAACAAGGUUUUGAAAGGAGAGAUCCCUUGGUCACAGGAACUGCGCCCAGAAGCUAAGAAUUUUAAAACAUUUUUCGUUCAUACUCCUAAUCGGACAUAUUACUUAAUGGAUCCCAGUGGAAAUGCUCACAAAUGGUGCAAGAAGAUCCAUGAAGUGUGGCGACGGCGGUACCAGAACCAGCAGAACACCGGCAUCUAGCAGAGUGCAGCUCCAGUGGAGGGACAAGCUUCCUCUCAAGUUGCCAGAGCUCCAGAGUUGAACACUGUAACACAGCAAAGAAAGCCUCCCUCAUUCCCUUUUCUCUUGCCCAUACACCCCUCCCAUCCUCUUCCCUGCCCAUUUAAAAAGAAAAACACACAGCCUGUGACAUCCAGAAAUAUUCUAUGCUUGUGUGUAUUGGGUUUUUUUUGGGGGGGUGGGCUGCAAACUUUACUCCCAUAUUUCUUUUUUCCAACUAAAAUGUAAAUGGGAUUGCGGGUUGCUUUGCCUGCUUUUCUGCAGGCUUAUCAUAUCACAAAUAGAAGACCCUUUGCCUAUGUCUGUGUAACGUCUGCUCUCAUUCCAGCUUCAGGAUUUCAGAUGAAGAUCGCAUAUUUAUAAACUGCUUUGUAGGCAGAUUUCAAAUUUCAGUUUAGAUAUUCCCCACAACCCUCAUUCCAAUUCCAGGUAGCCCUCUGCAGGGGCUGACCUCUUUAUAUUUUUGUUUAACUUUCUAAAAUUUAUUUAAGAGCUAUGUGAUUUUUGAAAUUUGUUCUUGUUUUCAUCUGGCCUUUGGCACCUGAUUUGCUUCCCCUCAAGGCAAAGGUAUAUAGUGGUACUGAGGAACUGUGCAUAGAAACUCUUUCAAACACAAGAAAACCCCUUAUUUAUGCGCUGUCUUAUUCAGAGUAAAGCUGGUAUUAAUCUAAUUGUAGGGCCCUUUCUCGCCUUUGUUUAUGGGUAAUCAAGAUAGGUUCUCAAAGCAGAAGAUGAAGCUUCCUAAUUAAUUGACCGGUCCAUAUCGAGCCUGUCUGUGUGGUGCGAUAGAGUUCUUUACAUGAUAGUUUUAUGUAAUUACCUGUUCUGAUUCAGUUCUACAGAAGGCUGUUGUUAAGUUGUUGCUCAUACCCAAAGGAUUGAAACUGAUCUUUGGUCUUGGGCGUUUGCUGCAUUUUUGCUUGGCUGAAGAUAUUAAUCUGAACGAGCUGGAAUCGUCACUGUGAGGCACUGAAUUAAUGCGUGCUUAAACCAGCAAACUACUUUGCUGCUUCUCCCUUCCCUUAAGUGAUCGAAAUGUCUAAAACCAUUUCAGCAAUGGUGCAGUAUUUGCUCACUAAAAUUUAUACAUGCUUUGUGCUAGAUUUCACUCAUGAAGUCAGACUAGUGUGUGUCUGCAAGUGGUUUGUGCAACCAGAUGUUCACUUUGCAUGCUGCGUUGUUUAAUUUGCCGCUCUGAUUCCUGUGGCACCUCAGUACACGUGCCCAGGGUCUGUCUUUAGUCACUGGUCUUAGUCAUUGUUCUCUGGCCAUGGGGACAGGCUGUGAAAGCAGCAGGGAUUGAGGUACUUGGCUAUGCUCAGUCCUGCAUUCGUACAUGUGACUGGAUUUGAAGGUGUCCAGUUUGCUGUCAUGUAACUUCUGUAAAUUUUCUGUAUAUAACUAUAUAUAUAAUAUUAUAUAUAUGUGUUUGUGUGUGUGUAUUUGCAGAGGGAGAGUCAAAAUUGCACCUGGUACUGCAGUAAGAUACUUUUAUAGGACUCUCCGUGUGUGUGCAAACAAAAUCAAUGUUGGAAAAGAGAAAUGAGUACAAAACAACAAGUCAUACUCCACAACCCUCCUAAUACAUUACCAGUCAAUGAGCGAGCCUUGUCAACCCCCAGAUCCCUGGCACAAUUCCUCUUUUUGUUUUGUUUUGGUUAAGGUGGCAGAAGGGUUUACAAUCGGUCACAGCAGCUGCGGUUCACCCACACUAGGUUUACAAGGAUACACGCUGGCUGCUCAUUCUGAUCUAGUGACCCCUAUGGAUGUGUGCCUGGGCUGUUGGGGGAGGACCUUUAAGGUUCUGGUGAUCAGAUCCCCACUUUGGCUGGAAGAGUGGUUUUUGCCCAUGUAACUGUACUUCAUCAUGGUCUUUAUUCUUGGAGAGCAGGAAAACUAACACUGCUAAACUGUACCGGCAGGUUAUCCUAUAUGUCAUGGAGCAAUGCUUCCUAAAACAGUAUGGUAAUGUAUAUUCAAUAUAUUAGUGAUGUACUAUCUGCACCACACUGUAGAAAGUCAUAGAAACCCUGAUGUAAAGUAACUUAAAAUGUGAUCUUGGAAUACAUGCGACACAACUCUUCAGAUGCUGUUUAAUGUGUUUUUGUGUUUUGUUUAUAUUUUGCUCCUCAGUUACAUCCUGAGCAACCUUUGAUCCGCAUAGAUUGAUUGACUUGGGUCUCUUAUGUAAGGCAGAUGAGGGUUGCUGGUCGGCAGAAUGGGCAGAGUUCAGAAUUCUUUUAGACUGUGCACAUUCAGCUGGACACUGCAGCAUCUGGGUCAUAACGUGUAACGGAGCAGGCCGAUAGGAAAGAGCCUUCAGUCAAGCUUGCAGGGAUUCCUCGAACAGGAAUAAUGACCCAGAUAUGGGCUGUCACCACUGUUUUACAAACCACCCUUUAUUACUAUCGGUCAUCCUGUCACAUUCCCCUUUUCAGAAGAUAAAGUUGUGGUCUGUGAAUACUGACCAGUUAGAACCCAGGAACUGAUGCUGUGCUAGUCCUCGUGCAAUUCUCUACAAUACCGUUGCAGUUUUUGUUUGACCUAUACCCCAAGAGCUCCUCCUUCCACUCCUGUCCAAGUUGAAGAACCAAACUUUAUUAGAACUUGAACACAGAAACAGAUCAGGAGUUAAACCAGGUUUUUUCUUUGUAGCUCAAUCUUGGAGCUGAUCACUGUUAAACACAAGCUUUUGGAGGUGUGAGCAAUUCUCCAGAUCUUGGAUACCUGAGGUGGCCUCUGGGUACUUGUGAUCAGUGCAUUUGUUUCUAAAAUAUUGAUGGCUUCUGGAGUUUUAACGGGUAGGCAUGCUGUUUACCAUGAGAGUGCAGUAGACAUGGUUCUCUUUCCUUAUUUCCUAUAAAAAUUAGUACUGCGAAUGUCUUGGCUUCAAAAUAAAACUCAAUAACAAAACUUGACAUUUAGUGAGGAUGUGCAGUUCCUUGUGAAAACUAGUAAAAUUGGUAAUGGCUUAUUGACUGCACUCGUGAAUAGGAUGCCUUUUUUGCCUGUGGGUUAGGGGUUUAUCUGAUAACUUUUUAUAGUCCGUACAAGCUGCCAUUGAUGAGCAAGUAAAGGACAGGGGCACCAAGAGUCCAGUGUUUAAUCAUUUUCCAGAAGGGGUAGCAGCAACUUUUAAGGCCAUCAAUCUACAGGCAGUGGCUGUUUUGUGCAAUGUGAUGCAUUCAAUCUGUGAUUGACCUGUGCCACUGCAAUAAGUCCUUCACUUUUUUUUGUUGGGGGGGUUAAGUUGAGAAAUGGAUUAUAUUAUCUUGCAUCAUAUAGAGGUGCACUUUGGAUUUAUUGUACACAAUACCAGUUUGCUUAUGGCUGAUGAGAGUUAUCCAUGACUUGCUGUCUUAACCUGAGAGAUCUUUCCAAGACUGCUCAGUAAGCAUGUGACUUUUUUCUAUGUAUAUGUGUGAUGUUAAUUUUUUGAUGUAAUUUUAUUUGUUUUGCCACAUUUGUAUAAAUCUUGGACACGACUACAGUCGGUGAGAACUGAGUAAACUUCAGUCUUGACACUUUACAGCGAGCAAGCGCAGAUUGAUAAAAUUCAUCACUCCUCUUCCUUCUCAUCCCUAAGAAAGAUUCAACUUCACUACAUGUAAUCACAGCCCCACUGAUUUUUGUAGUUUUUCCCGGAUAGUCCCAAGCCUGGAAAAUACAGCAUAACUAUUAGCACAUUUGAAUCUUCCUCCACUAUUCAAUUAAAGAUCAUGACUGAUCAUCUUAAACUGCUCAUUGUCUGUCACUGUGAAGAGGGGAAUUUCAAACAAACAUCAUCAAUGCUCUACUCCGAUCUUCUGACACUGCUAAUCUCAGAACCUGCAUUUUGUGAACAAUUUAAUGAGAGGGAAAUCUUCUCUCUUUCCCCCUCCCCCCAAGAGAAGUUUUAGCGCUUGCACAUUUUGUCUAUAUUAUCCUCAUUUGUGUUAGAAACAGGAGGCAUUGAUGUGUGGGGAUAAUGGGCAAAAUAGAACUGGUUCUAAGCUAGGAAUGCAAUACAUUACAGUCCAAACACAUUGUUCACUUAUGUUUAUUUCAUUUCAUCCUUGUCAGAUUGCUUCCUGGUUAAAGCUAGCCUGUAGUUCAGUCUGUUAUUUAAAUUCUAAUAUACAAUUUGCAUCUGGAGUUGAUUCAUGUUCAGGGGCCAUGUUGUGUAUGUGAUGUUCAGCAUUUGAAUAUGAAUAAUUAUUGUAAACUAUAAUAUUUUAUGACUUUGUUUCCAGUCUUAUAUAAAUUUUCUAUUUGGUCAAUGA